GGAAAAAGUAAAAUGGGAUAUUCGUAUUAUGAUACAGCCAAUGAUACGAUAACAAAAAAGCGGGUAAACGUUGGAAAAAAUAUAAUGUUAAAUGUUAAUAUUGAAGCUAAUAAUAAUAAAGCGAGUGAUUUACAGGCUGUGUUCACGGAUCCAUCCUGCAAAAACUGCGUUAAUUGUAUGGAACGAGUUGUAAAAGCUCACAAAGUGCAUCGCCUGUCAAAAAUUAGGGUCGAUGAUAUUUACCAGCUUUUGACAAAGAAAGAUAACAAAAUAAAACAGAAAAGAAGCGUUCAUUUUGAAACAAAAGGCGAGAAGAAAUCGAAGAAAACUAAAGCGAAAAAGUCGGUAUCAGUAAUAAAAUAUAACGAGAAUGGUGAAAUAUACGCGCUGAAGGUGAAAGAAACGAACAAUCAAUUAAUAUCAGAACCGAACGUAACACGAGCUAUUUCUACGACGUGCCAAGUUUACAGCAUACAAAAAUCUUUACCCUGCGAAUCGCCCGAAGCUGAUUUAAUUCUGACGGCUUCGAAAAGAAAAACAAACAAGAAAAAUAAAAAGGUACAAGGAAAAAGGGAAACGAAUGUGCCCACUGAAGAAGCGGUGAUUGCGUCGAUGUUUAGAAAGAGGCACGUCGAUAACUCGGAACUACAGGAGCAUUAUAUGACUUCGCUGGAAGAGAUGUAUUGAUUUAAAAUUUAAGCUGUAAAUAAGAGAGGGCAAAUUGUUGAAAUUGUUGCUGAUUUGAGUAAAUAUAAAAC